AUGGGCAACUUACCCGCAUCUAGAAUUAACCCCUCACCCCCCUUCCUGUUUACGAGCAUUGAUUACGCGGGCCCAUUCAAUGUAAGAGACCGGAGAGGACGUGGGUUCAAAGCAAGUAAAUGCUACAUUGCCUUGUUCGUAUGUGCAUCGACGAAGGCGAUUCACAUCGAAUUGGUUUCCAGCCUGGAAACAGCUAACUUCUUAUCAACUUUGAGACGUUUCAUUUCUCGACGCGGGAAACCGAAAGAAAUGUUGAGUGAUAACGGCACAACGUUUCAUGGCGCAAAUAAUGAAAUCUCCGAACUCUAUAACUUCCUGAAAAAUAACUCUGAUGCAUUUAUAACUUCUUGUGCAAACGACAAUAUUAUUUGGAAGUUUCUACCUGCUUACAGCCCUCAUAUGGGUGGGUUGCAUGAAUCUGCCGUAAAAUCAUGUAAAUAUCAUCUCAAGAGAGUCUUAGGAAACUCUCUAUUAACGUAUGAAGAAUUCUCAACUGUCCUCACCCAAAUUGAAUCAAUACUCAAUUCACGUCCAUUAUGUCCAAUUCCGAACUCUGAUAGUGAUGAAAUAUUCUACUUAACACCUGGCCACUUUUUGUUGGGUAGAGCGCCCGUGUCGAUGCCGGACUAUGACUAUACUGAUGUACCUAUGACUCGGCUUACGCAAUAUCAACAGUUGCAGCAGUUACAACAGGAUUUCUGGAGAAGAUGGUCAAGAGAUUAUAUUGGACUGCUGCAGACGCGUUACAAGUGGAGAAGUUCGAAGGGCCAGGGUCUUCGCGAGGGCACAACGGUCCUGGUGAAGGACAAUCAUCUGCCACCGUGUCGGUGGAAACUGGGCCGCAUCGUAAAUACCUGCCAGGGGAGAGACGGCGUCGCGAGGGUCGCAGAAAUACGCACUGCUCAAGGAGUCAUCAAACGUGCCUUCAAUACGAUUUGCCCUCUUCCAGGAGAUUAG